CGCGGUGGGGCGGGAAGAAGCAGGAUGGAAUAAAAGUGGGACUUUUAAAAUGAUGCCGUGUAAGAAGAGAAGAACUACAGCAACAGAAUCUCCACAGCAUAAGGGCAACCCAGAGGAAGACAACUUAGAUGUAGAGUCAGCUGUUAAACCAGAAUCUAAUCAGACUAAAGACUUGGGGUCUGUGUCAAUAUCCUGGGGUCCAAAUCAUGGCAGAACAGUUGGCCUUGAAGUUCAAUCUUUGCAGGAUGCAGGAAAUCAGCUUGGUGUGGAGGAUUCAUCUUUAAGUUCUAGGACACUCAUCCAGGACACAAAUUUGCCAAUUUUGGAAGCUGUUGAUGUGGCUAUCUCUCAGGAAAUCACCCUACCUUCCUUGGUGUCUUCCCAUCCCCUUAAUAUAUCCAUUGGUAAAGGAAAACUCCAGGCCAGUGCCUCAAAGAGAGGGAAAAAAACUGUCCUCAGGCCUGGGUCAGUUACCCAAGAAGACAGAAGUGAUCAUUCUAUCAUAAAGGAGCCUUUUACAGGACAGCCUAGUGAAGAAGUCAAGGAAGAAGAAGGGAAACCUCAGAUGCAUUCUGGAGGGGAGAUUCCUUUACCGCCCUCAGGCAGCCAAUCUGCAAAACCAGGAGUCCAGCCUAGGAAACCAUCCCAGCCAGAUGUUUGUGCCUCUCCUCAAGAAAAGUCACUCAGGACUCUGGCUUACCAAGCUGAGGAAGAGAUAGAGGAUGGUGGACUCUUUAUCCCAAUGGACGAACAAGACAAUGAAGAAAGUGAGAAAAGGAGAAAAAAGAAGAAGGGUACCAAGAGAAAACGAGAUGGAAAGGGUCAAGAACAAGGGACCUUGGCCUGUGACCUGAAAUUGGAUGACAUGCUUGAUCGUACCUUAGAGGAUGGUGCCAAGCAGCACAACCUGACAGCAGUCAACGUGCGAAACAUUCUUCAUGAAGUAAUCACAAAUGAACAUGUGGUAGCUAUGAUGAAAGCAGCCAUCAGUGAAACAGAAGACAUGCCAAUGUUUGAGCCUAAAAUGACUCGCUCUAAACUGAAGGAAGUGGUGGAGAAAGGAGUGGUAAUUCCAACAUGGAAUAUUUCACCAAUUAAGAAGGCCAAUGAAAUUAAGCCUCCACAGUUCGUGGAUAUCCACCUUGAAGAAGAUGAUUCCUCUGAUGAAGAGUACCAGCCAGAUGAAGAAGAGGAAGAUGAGACUGCUGAAGAGAGCUUAUUGGAAAGUGAUGUUGAAAGCACUGCUUCAUCUCCACGUGGGGCAAAGAAAUGCAAACUGAGGCAGUCUUCUGAGAUGACUGAAACUGAUGAGGAGAGUGGCAUAUUAUCAGAGGCUGAGAAAGUCACCACACCAGCCGUCAGGCACAUCAGUGCUGAGGUAGUGCCUAUGGGGCCCCCGCCCCCUCCCAAACCAAAACAGACCAGGGAUAGUACUUUCAUGGAGAAGUUGCAUGCUGUAGAUGAGGAGCUGGCUUCCAGUCCUGUCUGCAUGGAUUCUUUUCAGCCCAUGGAUGAUAGUCUCAUUGCAUUCCGAACCCGUUCUAAGAUGCCCCUGAAAGAUGUUCCCCUGGGGCAACUAGAGGCAGAGCUCCGAGCUCCAGAUAUCACCCCAGAUAUGUAUGAUCCCAAUACAGCUGAUGAUGAGGACUGGAAGAUGUGGUUGGGGGGACUCAUGAAUGAUGAUGUGGGGAAUGAAGAUGAAGCCGAUGAUGAUGAUGAUCCAGAAUAUAAUUUUCUAGAAGAUCUUGAUGAACCAGAUACAGAGGAUUUCCGUACUGACCGGGCAGUGAGAAUUACCAAAAAGGAAGUGAAUGAACUGAUGGAAGAACUGUUUGAAACUUUUCAAGAUGAGAUGGGAUUCUCCAACAUGGAAGAUGAUGGCCCAGAGGAGGAAGAACGAGUGGCUGAGUCUCGUCCUAACUUCAAUACCCCUCAAGCCCUACGUUUUGAGGAACCACUAGCCAACCUGCUAAAUGAACAACAUCGGACAGUGAAGGAGCUACUUGAACAACUGAAGAUGAAGAAAUCUUCAGCCAAACAGCAACAGGAGGUGGAGAGGCUUAARCCUCAGAGUGAGAAAGUUCAUCAGACUCUGAUUCUAGACUCUGCACAAAGGAAGAGACUCCAACAGCAGAUGCAGCAGCAUGUUCAGCUUUUGACCCAAAUCCACCUUCUCGCUAUCUCCAACCCCAACCUCAGUUUGGAGGCCAGUACCACCAGGAUAUUUCUUAAAGAGCUGGGAACCUUUGCUCAAAGCUCCAUUGCCCUUCAUCAUCAGUUCAACCCCAAGUUUCAGACCUUGUUUCAACCCUGUAACUUAAUGGGAGCUAUGCAGCUCAUUGAAGACUUCAACACACAUGUCAGCAUUGACUGGAGCCCUCGUAAAACUGUCAAGAAGACUGCCUGUGAAUUGCCCUGUCUGCCCAAGCAAGUGGCCUGGGUCCUGGCCACAAGUAAGGUUUUCAUGUAUCCAGAGCUACUUCCAGUAUGUUCCUUGAAGGCAAAGAAUCCUCAGGAUAAGAUCAUCUUCACCAAGGCUGAGGACAAUUUGUUAGCUUUAGGAUUGAAGCAUUUUGAAGGGACUGAGUCUCCAAAGCCUCUAAUCAGCAAGUACCUAAUAACCUGCAAGACUGCCCACCAGCUGACAGUGAGAAUCAAGAACCUCAACUUGAACAAAGCUCCCGACAACAUCAUUAAAUUUUAUAAGAAGACCAAACAGCUGCCAGUACUAGUAAAGUGCUGUGAGGAGAUCCAGCCCCAUCAGUGGAAGCCACCUGUAGAGAGGGAAGAACACCGGCUCCCAUUCUGGCUAAAGGCCAGUCUGCCAUCUAUCCAGGAUGAACUGCGGCACAUGGCUGAUCGUGCUAGAGAGCUAGGAAAUGUGACUGGAACCACUGAGAUCAAAGCAGAACAAGACCUUGAAAAAGCCAGAUCAGAGUUGGGAAGUGAAACUCAGUACCCACUGCUGUUGCCCAAGGGUGUAGUACUGAAACUGAAGCCAGUUGCUGACCGUCUUUCCAGGAAGGCUUGGAGACAGAAGCGGUCAUCGGUCUUGAAGCCCCUCUUGAUCCGACCCAGCCCCUCUCUCCAGCCUAGUUUCAACCCUGGGAAAACACCAGCCAGGUCAACUCAAUGCGAAGCCCCUCCAAGCAAAAUGGUUGUUCGCUUCCCUCACCUUAUCCAGCCAGCCACUGUCUUACAGCCAGUUUCAGGUGUCCCUACACUGGGGGUCACUGGGGAYGACAGUUUUGAGUCUCCUGUAGCAAUGUCUACGGUUCCCCCUAAGGCUAGGACUGGCUUCCCUCUGUCUGAGCCACAGACCUUGCUCUCCUCUGCCCCUGUGCCCAAAGUAAUGCUGCCUGCACUUGCCCCUUCUAAGUUUCGGAAGCCAUGUGUGAGACGGAAACCCUCAAGAAGAAAGGGGACCAAGRCCUCUCCCUGUCUGAAAACUGCCCACCUCAUCCACCCUGCACCUGUUAUCUUUACUGUUCCUGCCACCACUGUGAAGGUGGUGAGCCUUGCCAGUGGCUGUAAUGUAAUCCAGCCUGUCAAUGCAGCUGUGGCCCCAAGUCCCCAGACCAUUCCUAUCACCACCCUCCUGGUCAACCCUACUUCCUUUUCCUGUCCAUUGAAUCAGCCUCUUGUGGCCUCCUCCAUCUCACCCUUAAUUGUUUCUGGCAAUUCUGUGAAUCUUCCUCCUGUACCAUCCACCCCUGAAGAUAAGUCCCAAAGGAAUGUGGACAUUGCUUGUCCUUUGACUGAAAGGAAAAAUGCCUUUCAAACCCUGGAACCCAAAUUAGAACCCCAGGAACUAGCUCCUUUGUGUGCUGCUGUCUUCCCCAAGGAGGAGCACAGCCCAGGGCCAAUGCCAGCAGAUGGAGAAAGCCAGGAGGCACUGUUGGAGAACAGUGCCUAUCGCUGGACUCUUGUGAAAACAGAGGAGGGGAGGCAGGCUCUGGAGCCAGUGCCUCAAGGCUUCCAGGAAUCUCUAAAGUCUCCUUGUGAGGAUUUAAAGACAAUCAUCAAGAUGGAACCUGAAGACCCUGGGGAGGAGAUCUCCAGUAGGUCCACUGAGCAGGACGUUUGUAAUGAAAUCAAAGAAGAGCAGCUUUUGGAAUUGGACACUGGUUCCCUAAGGGAAGAGUUGAGUGAUGCUAGAGAGGUGAAGAAACAGGCGGGCCAGCAGGAAGAGGAGGAGAGGAGACAGUCAGCUCAACCCCCUGCCACUUGGCAAGCGCCUACUGCUCAGGGAAACACCGGGGGAGACAUGAACAAAGGGUCUCCAAAGAAUGUGCCCUCCUCCAUGGACCCUGACAUGGUGCUAAGCAGUCCCCCAGGGAAGCCUGAAGACUCAUCCAGUGUUGAUGGCCACUCAGUAGGGACCCCAGCUGGGCCAGAAACUGGGGGAGAGAAGGAUGGGCCWGAGGAAGAGGAAGAAGAAGACUUUGAUGACCUCACCCAAGAUGAGGAAGACGAGAUGUCAUCGGCUUCUGAGGAAUCUGUUCUUUCUGUCCCUGAACUACAAGAAACAAUGGAGAAGCUGACUUGGCUGGCAUCUGAAAGGCGCAUGAGUCAGGAGGGUGAGUCUGAGGAAGAGAACUCCCAGGAGGAGAACUCUGAGCAGGAAGAAGAGGAGGAAGAAGAAGCUGAAGGAAUGGAAAAUCUACAGAAAGAGGAUGAGAUGACCGAUGAAGCAGUUGGAGAUGCUGCUGAGAAGCCCCCUUCCACCUUGGCCUCCCCAAAGACUGCUCCAGAAGUGGAGAUCAGCAGAACCCCACCAGGAGAAAGCAUCAAGGCUGCUGGAAAGGCCCGGAGCAAUCAUCGAGCUCGCAACAAGCGAGGAAGUCGGGCUCGGGCCAGCAAGGACACCUCCAAGCUGCUGUUGCUCUACGAUGAGGACAUUCUUGAGCGGGAUCCACUGAGGGAGCAGAAGGACUUGGCCUUUGCCCAGGCUUAUCUGACUAGGGUACGAGAAGCCCUACAGCAUAUCCCUGGCAAGUACGAAGACUUUCUUCAAGUCAUCUAUGAAUUUGAGUCGAGCACCCAGAGGCAGACUGCUGUGGAUCUCUACAGAAGCUUGCAAAUUCUGCUCCAAGACUGGCCUCAACUGUUGAAGGACUUUGCUGCUUUCCUGUUACCUGAGCAAGCUUUGGCCUGUGGAUUAUUUGAGGAGCAGCAGGCUUUUGAGAAGAGUCGCAAGUUCCUUCGGCAGCUGGAGAUUUGCUUUGCAGAGAACCCUUCCCAUCACCAGAAGAUCAUCAAGGUCCUCCAGGGCUGUGCAGACUGUCUUCCUCAGGAGAUCACUGAGCUCAAGACACAGAUGUGGCAGCUCCUCAAGGGCCACGACCACUUACAGGAUGAGUUCUCUGUCUUCUUUGACCAUCUGCGCCCAGCAGCUAGCCGGAUGGGUGACUUUGAAGAGAUCAACUGGACUGAGGAGAAAGAGUAUGAGUUUGAUGGCUUUGAAGAGGUGGCAUUGCCUGAUGUGGAAGAGGAAGAAGAACCUCCCAAGAUACCCUCAGCCUCCAAGAACAAGAGAAGAAAAGAGGUUGGGGUUCAAAAUCAUGAUAAGGAGACUGAGUGGACAGAUGGGGCCAAGGACUGUUCCUGUUCCUGCCAUGAAGGAGGCCCUGAUUCCAAGCUUAAGAAGAGCAAGAGGAGAAAUUGUAGCCACUGUAGCACGAAGGUCUGUGACAGCAAAUCCUACAAGAGCAAGGAGCUCCACGAGUUGGUGGGCAGCAGCCCCCACCGAGAGGCCAGUCCUAUGCCUGGUGCUAAGGAAGCAGGGCAGGGCACGGAUGUGGUGGAAGAGGAAGCCCCUGAGGAGCAGGAGAGCACUGAAGUAACCCAGAGCAGGACUGGCAGGACCACCAGGAAGGGAGAGGCGUCCAUUCCAGCAGGAUUAUUAGUGGGAAGCAGUUUUUCAUCCCCUCAAGAAGAAGUGACCCUUACACAACAGCUUCUGGACAGCCCACCACCUUGCUCACCAGAGACUCCUCAGCUUCCCCCACAAACUGGAGCUGUACUGCACCCUGGGAGGAAGAACCAGGCUGGGCCUGAGAUUCUUUCCUGCCCCAGUGCACAUUCUGGACUUCAGAAUGAAGGGGAAGGCCAAAAGGUGGUAGGUGACUCAGAGGAUUCCAUGCUGGUUUGGGAUGCACCAGAAACUGAAAAAUUACCUACUGCUGUUGAGACCCCUGCUUCCUUUCUGAGUCCUGUUUCCUCAAGGACCAGAGAUGUAGGGAGAAGACAUGURUCUGGGAAACCAGAUACUCAAGAGAGCUGGAAGCCCUCAAGUAGAGCUGAGGUGAAGWCAGUAAACCGGAUGUCUCCUGUCCCUGAAUCUUCAUCAGGAAUUGACACCUCAAAGGCUGAAGCCCCAGGAGGGGUUUUGGCUAAAGACAGUGGAAUACAGGGCAGGGGUCCAGAGUGGGAGCAGCAGCCAAAAGCCACAGAAGCUACAGUUUGUGCCAACAACAGCAAGGUCAGCUCCACUGGGGAAAAGGUUGUCCUAUGGACAAGGGAAGCUGAUCGUGUGAUUCUCACCAUGUGCCAGGAGCAAGGAGCACAGCCACAGACCUUUAGCAUCAUCUCUCAGCAGCUGGGAAAUAAGACCCCUGCUGAGGUUGCCCACCGUUUCCGAGAACUCAUGCAGCUCUUCCACACUGCCUGUGAGGCCAGCUCUGAGGAUGAGGACGAUGCGACCAGCACCAGCAACACGGACCAACUAUCUGAUCAUGGGGACUUGUUCUCUGAGGAGGAUGCAGAUGAGUGAGACUCUGGGGACACGUGGAGUUAUCACAUAGGACGAGCCCAGCAGGCCCCUGCACUCCAGGAGAGGCUGCUUGUACUUUGCUCGUGCUGUCCUUGAGCUCUGCAGACGGAACUAGAGAGCAGAGCUGAGGACACGGACACACCAAGGCUGGAGGUGGGCCUUGGAGCUCCACAUCCUGGGCUUCAUUCAGGAUCUUUCAUGAAGAACCUAUAAAUCCACUCUGUAAAUAGCACCAAGGGACAGUGGGGCUUACUCGACAGUUUUCUUUUUCUGAUGGUACAUAUUUAUUGUUCUGUGAUCUAUUCACAGUGUUUCCAAGUGUAAUAAAUGCCUGUGUCGUGUUGCCAGUCCCAAGACACUAAGCUCCUCUGCCUGAGGACACUGGGCUCUUAAAUUCAGCAGCUUUUAUUGCCAAUUAGCUGUGGCCCUCCCCCCGCCCUACUCUAGUCCAUGAKGCCGCCGCCAUCCUGGUAGCACUGGGCCAGACUGUGGAGCUCCUGCAGCAACUCCUCCAUCUCAUCCUGUUCCACCCCAGCAUCCAAGAAGCAGGCCCAGCGUCGCAGGUCCAGUUUGGUGAGCUCUGUGGCCAAGCCUCCCAGGGUCUGGUGCAAGGAUGAAGAGGAGCACAGAGCCCCAAACACUGGGAUGCUGUGCACUGCUGUGGAGGAAGAGAGGAGUKAGACCAAAUGGAUCAUAUUCUUUCCUGGGACUCUCAUGUCUAUAGGGAAGUCUGGGCACUUGAUAGACUUGACUGUAAAGCACACUCGGUGAAUUUUGUUUGCUGUCCCCUUAGUACUCCYGAGGAAGAACACUUCUCAGGAGCUCUAGGGCAAUAAAGAAAUGUUUUAACUGUGAACAUUUUAAGCACUCUUAAUCUAGGAAGGGAGAGUAAAACUGCUCCCACGCUUGAUAUCUUAGG